UUGAAGACCAUCAUUUUAAUUUUUACUCUUUCAGAAGCACCUUGGGUGAAAACUGAGCACUCGUUCGUACCAGUAAAGAAGAACGCAGAUGUGAACAUUUCAUGUGCUUACGAUGGCACGCCAUCGCCACAAGCUGAAUGGUUCUUCAACGGAUAUAAAAUCAAUUUCUCGGAGGAACGAUUCCGCAAUACAGCUCAGUACGCACAGCGUCGUAUCAAUCAUACAAACGCCAUUCUCACAGUUGUCGGAAUAAAUGAGGAUUCAUUUGGUGAUUAUAUGUGCCGGAUAUCGAACAACUUGGGUACAGCCUUCGCUGUCAUUCACGUGAGCGGUCGCCCUGGCCCACCGACGAUCCAACUGGAGGGAUCUGAACUAUCAUGGACAGUUCGAGCCUACGAACCUGUGAUUGAGUAUCGAAUCUACUAUCGGCAUGAGAAAGCUGACGAUUGGAACAAAUAUGAGAGUAUUCGAGCAAGCAAAUCUGACAACAAUGGCGAUGACAUGUGGCAACAUAGUGUGUCUUUACUUCCGUACCUUGAAGCCGGCGUACCGUACGAGGUUACGGUAAAAGCUCGUAACGCCUUGGGUUGGGGCUCGUUUGCUCGAGAGAACGUGCUUGUUCAACUACCCCUUAAUGAACGCGAGGUGACGUCAUCAACAACAUUCGUCUCCACUUUGUUUGCUCUUUUAAUGGCAGUUGUCCUACGGUAUUAA